AUGGGAAGCAGCGUCGCCGAUUCCAAGACUACCACCACCUCUUCCGCCCCUUCCACUGCCAGUAGUUCCUCCUCCUUACUGAUCGAAAUCAAUGUGAUUUCCGCGCAAGACCUAGCAGCCAUCUCCAAAUCGAUGAGAACAUACGCCAUUGUGUGGCUUGAACCCGCUUUGGAGCGCAAGCUGAGCACUCACGUGGACUCGCAAGGCCAUUCCAACCCCACCUGGAACGACAAGUUUGCCUUCCAAGUUGACAACGACUUCCUGCUUUCCGACGACUCCGCCGUCAUGGUCGAGAUCUACGCGGCCUCUACCUGGUUCCGCAAUAACCUCGUUGGCACCGUCCGCGUUCUCAUCACUGACCUCAUCCACCCUUCUCGGAACAUUUUCGGUGGCACCCGAUUCGUCGCCCUUCAAGUUCGUCGUGCUUCCGGCAGCCCUCAAGGCAUUCUCAACAUGGGUGUUUCCCUCCACAAUGGAGCCUCCGUCGAUUCAGACGGCAAGGCGCACCAGCUGGUACGCCACAACUUCUCUAGCCUCACCCUUGAGGACUACUUACCCCCCAUAAAUGGCUCUAUGGUGAAUGGGUCCGCCGUGAAUGGAUCAGAACUUUGCUCCGACGUGGGGCCGUCGGCUUCAAUUGUGGCGGCAGCUAUAGCCAGCAAGGGAUCACCAUGUCGGGCGGUUAAUCCAACGACGACGGUAGAGGCAACAGACCAGGAAAGGGGCUUGGGGAUGGUUCAAAACGACGUCAAUGCGGAGGACACGGGGAGCUCCAUAUUGGAGGACUUGACGGUGGAACAGGCCAUGGCCAAAGGGUACAGAACGAGGACAUUGGAGAGGUGGCGGAUGGAGUUGCAGCCACUGAGAUCUUCGGGCGAAGAGGAGGAGGAGGAGGAGGUGGAGAUGAGGCUUGCGCGUAGGCACUCAGACGGAGGACUCUUCUCAUGCAUGGCGGUUGGGAUUGAGUUCACCAUCGUAUGUGGGGCUAAUAACAAUAAAACAAACAACCACCUUAGAAACAAGAAGCGUAGUGCUGGUUACAAUAAACCCAUCGUCAAGCGUAGUCCUUCGCAUCAAAACCUCAGCAGCUACAGCUAA